UGUUGACUUACAGUUGUGAAAAUAAGAUAAAAAUAUAAGUGAUUCAAUUGUUUUUUGGGAAGACAAAACUUUUGAUCACAACAUUUUUUUAUGCUGGCAAGGUGUUAGAAAGAGACAAACAGCCUCCGUUCGAACUAUCCCUCUCGGCUCGGAUUUGCCUCUGUGUAUUAUGCAACCAAUUUAGUACCUUAUUGCGUUAGAAUAGAGUUCAUUUUCGUAAAUAUAUAUUUUGAGCGUGCGCAAUCUUGUUUAGUAAUAUUAUAUCUAUGGUAUGGAUGUUCUUGUCUAUGGUUAGAAUGAAAAUGUUUUUUUUUCUUGGCUAGUCGCUUUAUGCGCAUUGCCACCGACAAAAAAAUGAAAAUGUUAUAAACUAUUUUCAUUCAUCCUACCUAUCCUACUUCCUACUUUAUAUUUUAGAUGUGAAAGUUUGUGAGAAUGUAUGGAUGUAUGUUUGUUAUUCAAUCACGCAAAAACGGCUGGACCGAUUUGAUUGAAAUUUGGUAUGUAGAUUGGUGAUACCCUGGAUUAACAUAUAGGCUACUUUUUAUCAACACACCACGCGGGCGAUGCCGCUGGAGGAAGCUAGUAUGAAAUAAAUACACACAUCGUGCGCGCAUCUAUCCCUUGUUUAGACAUUGAUGUCUUUGGUACUUGCGGUUAUAUUUUUACUUUCCGGAAAUCAAAACAUCUAUGCCGUCAACAUGUUUUUAAUGUAAAAUAAAAAUAUAUACUUAAGUUGUUCACCUGGCUGUUCAUGGUAUGUAAUUUCACAGUAGUUGAAAAAUAAAAUGUAAUAUAAUAUAAUAUAAAAUAAAAUAGAUAAAGUGCCAAAUGUUGGUAUUUUUUUUUCUAUGGUCGUCAACACUCGCAAUAGUGCUAUCUCAUUUGUCUAUAGUUUUCUCUGUCUACGAAUGGACGGACGGUUACUUUCUGACUCUUCAGCAGUUUGCUGGUAAUUUUGGCGCGUUUAUAAUUUCACAUUUACCUAUAAUAUAAUUUUUGACAAAUAGCUUUUUAUUGACUUAAUUCAGUAAAAAACAAAGAUAAUAUGUGUCUCCUGGAAUUGUGUGAAAAAUACUUCCAAACCACAAAUCUAUACGAAGUUUUACAAAUUCCCGAAACUGCCUCCGACAAAGAAGUGAAGAAAGCUUACCAUAAGUUAUCACUAAAAAUACAUCCCGAUAAAGUUGAAGAAGAUAAAAGACUGGAAGCAACUGAGAAAUUUAAAGUGUUGAGAAGUAUUUAUGAGAUCCUCAUGGAUCAAAAGAGGAGAUCCAUAUAUGAUGCAACCAAAUCUGUAAAUAAUGAUAACUUUAAUGUCAUCAUUAAUGAUGGUUGGGAUUGGGACGUGUACUGGCCAUGGCUAUUUAUUAUGUCUUUUUUACAAGAAAGAUCAUCAGCUGUAGAAAAUCAGGAUAUCAAUAAAGCUUAUUUAGCCAGCCUGGGUGACAUGAACUACAUAGUUAUUAUAGUUAUUAUAUUAUAUAUAUUCAGUUUGUAAGAACUGACCAAGAACCGAGAAUAAAAAAGAUAGUCAACGAACUGAUGAAGACUGGUGAAGUGCCAGAUGACACAUUUGUUCACGAGCCAGCCAGUCGACAUAUAAGAAGGAGAAUAAGGAGGCUAUACUAUCUGAAGAACUGUAAAUAGAACUAUGACUUGGACAUUUUUAUUCUAUUUACUUUGUUUGAAAAAUUCACAUCAACAAAAGUAAAAGGAAGAAAUAAAAGAAAUGAAAAUUGUUACUUGAUCUCAUUGUUGAUUAUGCAUGUUGAUUAUCGUAUAGAUUAUAGUAUCCUCCUUGUAUUUCUGUAACUUUCUUCCUCUAUUGUGUAACACAAUUAUUGUGUGUUUCAUAGGUAAGUACGUGUUUGUUGAUUAAAAAAUUAUGUUAUUUUUUUCUACCUCUCUUGUUAUUACUUUUUGUAUAAAGGUUGUUGUUGCCACACUUUUUAUAUUAAAAAGUUAAUAGUGCAUGUUUAAAAUGACAGAUUCUUCUGUUUUCGUUUUUUUUUGUAAUUUAUAUCCAGGUUGUGCUCAGUUAAU